AUGUUGAUCGUAUUGUUAUUCCUGUUGACCCUGGAUCCACAAUACCUGAUAAGCCCUCUGUUGAAAAUUGUCCGAUUGAAAAAUCCACAUAAGGAGUCUGUUGUUCCCCUCUCUGAACAGUCAGAAAGCCCUCAUCCUUAUGAGUCUGUUGAUGGUGUUCCUGUUUAUACAUCUUCCAGUCUGGCUGAGAGCCUAGAACAUAUUCGCCACUUUGCGGACAGUGAUGAUGAAAAAAUUCUGGCUGAAGUAUAUGGUUCCAAGGCUCCAUCCUCUUAUCCAAAUGAGUCUCUAGUGGCAGAGAUAGCUCACCCAGAUUCAACAACUUUCAAAAUCAGAGAAGUCACCAAGCUUCUAACCUCUUCUACUGUCCAUGGGUCUGAGACCAGCAAUUCUGUGUCCCCAAGUCCUACAAAGAGCUCACCUGUCAAAGAAAGUCGGAAAUCCAAGAGAAAGGGGGUUUCAGAGAAUGUUGUUGUGGAUACUAGUAAAGCUCCUCCAGUUGUUCCAUCAACAAAAAACAGAAAAAUAAAAGCUGUUACAAAGCCAAGAAGAAGAAGUGUUACCCCUGGUGUACAGAAUGCUCCUAUUGAAGUUCCAGAGAGUCCUGAUACUUCUGUUUAUAAGCUACAAUUUGUCUCUGAUGCUGCCCAAGACAAAUGGUCUACGAUGGUGAAACGAGAGCUGAUUGUACAGAGAUCAGUUGAUGAGAAUCAGCUGAAUUCAGUAUGUGAUGUAUUGCCCCUUCUGCAUGAGGUUGGUUUGCUAAAGACAGUGACAUCUGUAUGUGGCUAUUCGAAGCUGCUCACUUAUGAAUUCUACUGCAACCUUAAUGAAGAGAUUAACGAUCUGACUAGCAAGAGGUGUAUGCAAAUCUUCAUUAGGGGUACUUGGUAUGUGUUUGGGCCUGAUGCAAUCAACCAGUAUUAUGGAUUGAAGACAGUUGACGAAGAUGAAAUUACUUCGACUGGGAUCUAG